AUGACUCUACUUUUAAAUGCAUACUGUGUUUUAUGGAUAGCGUUAACAGCUUGCUGCAGUACGACAGGUAGAGAAAUUCCAGGACAAAAUGUUGUAUCAGUCGCACCGAUUGAAGUACCCGACGAGUCGAUGUACCCGAGAUUUGCUGAGCCAAUACCAAAUGUUACGGUUACAGUCGGCAGAGACGCGCUCCUCGCGUGUGUUGUUGAUAAUUUGAGGGGAUUUAAGGUGGCCUGGGUCCGUAUGGAUACACAAACCAUUCUAAGUAUCCAUCACAACAUAAUCACCCAGAACCCAAGGAUCAGCCUAUCUUACAAUGAUCAUAGAUCGUGGUAUCUUCAUAUCAAGGAUGUACAUGAAGUGGACCGGGGAUGGUAUAUGUGCCAAGUUAAUACCGAUCCAAUGAGAUCUAGGAAGGGCUAUCUUCAAGUUGUAGUGCCUCCAUCGAUCAUCGAUAACAUGACGUCAACGGAUAUGGUGGUUAGAGAGGGCGCUGAUGUGACGCUGGUCUGUCGCGCAUCCGGCUACCCGGAGCCCUACGUCAUGUGGAGACGCGAGGAUGGACAGGACUUUAAUUAUAAUGGAGAGUCAGUAAGCGUGGUUGACGGCGAGACAUUGACAAUUACAAAAGUGUCCCGGCUGCACAUGGGCGCCUAUCUCUGUAUAGCAUCUAACGGGGUGCCUCCAUCUAUCAGCAAACGCAUCAUGCUGAUGGUUCAGUUUCCACCUAUGUUAUCAAUUCCAAAUCAGUUGGAAGGCGCUUAUCUGGGUCAAGAUGUAACUCUGGAAUGCCACACAGAAGCCUACCCUUCCUCCAUCAACUAUUGGACCACAGAUAAAGGGGAUAUGAUAAUAUCCGGUGGAAAAUACGAAGCGAUUCCCGUCGACAGCGGCUACAACAAGUUCAUGAUGCUCAAGAUACGGAAUAUUACGAAAGAAGAUUUCGGUUUCUACAAGUGUAUAGCCAAGAAUUCACUCGGGGAAACAGACGGCAUUAUUAAGCUCGACGAGAUCCCGGCACCGCCGUCCGCUUUCACAACUACGCAGAAAUCGAUACUAGACAAUCAAACGAUAAGAAAGAAAGGACAACUGGUGCAAACAAACGAGGCAAUCAGUUCGACAUUUCAAGGUGAGGUGUUUGACGGACAAAUCCGGGACUUCGACUUCUACGAGAAUUCGGCUGCCGCUCCUAAUUUUAAUACCACACUUAUAGCGUUAUUGUCUGUAUGUUUAUAUUAUAUGAGGAAAAUAGCUCACUCUUGA